CUAAAUUUCCAAACAGUCUAUCAGCUUGUCAUAAUUUUUUUUAGAUGGUUAUUUAUUUAUAUGUAUUUUUUUUUUUUCUAGGUUUGUCCAUCAGAAUCUCUUUCACCACAUUUGACUCUUCUGAAGCCAUGCGUUACCUGUACGACUUCUACAUCAGAAUGAACCUGACGGUCGAUCCCACUGCAGCCUCUCCGGCGCUGAACACGACCCCUAAGCCCUUCAGUGUGUUUGAUGGGUGUGAUGACAUGGUGGAAGGCGUCCUGUUCGACCUGGCAGUGCAAACCUUUAACAUAGUGUUAGGAUUUCCGGCCAACGUCCUGGUCAUCGCCAUCCUGAUCCGUAACCGACACGAGCCCUCCACCUCUGACAUCUUCCUGGGCUGCCUGGCCUUCAUGGAUGCCUACUUCGGUCUCAUGGUCCCUAUAAGCUUCCUCAAUCUCUUCUACUGGAAGAGCAAGGAAGGUUGGUCUGCACUGAAAUUCUCCUACGGCGUGAAGGACACGAGUGGGCCGCUCUUCCUUUCCUGCAUCUGUCUGGACCGCUUUGUCGCUGUGGUCUUCCCAAUCGCUUUUGGUCAGUUGAAGCACAUUAAGUACAGGAUUGGCCUGACAGUGUUUGUGUUCUGCCUCACCUUCGCUUACGCCUCGGCUAAAACCAUCGGCGGCCUCCCUGACUUCGAGAAGAUCUUCACAGGAGAGGUCCUGGCCACAUUCACCUGGAUGGUCAUCUGCAACGUAUCCAUCCUGUGGGCCCUGAAGCGCUCACGAGGCGCAGGCAAGGACGAGAUGCACCCCAUGAAGAAGAAGGCCUUCAAGAUGGUGCUGUCCAUCCUGUGCAUCAUUAUUUUUAACUACCUUCCUCUGGUGGCCCUGUUCCCCUUCCAGGAUCACUAUUCGCCCAUGGUCUUCACCUGCUAUGUCCAGCCUGUGGGUUACGCCUUCCUGAACAUCAGCAGCAGCAUCCAGCCACUCAUCUACCUCUCUCGCCUGGAGAAGAUCCCCUUCCUGCCCGAGUCUUUGGUGAAGAAGCUCUGCUGUACAAAAAAACCAGAGCAAUCGCCAGCUUAG